AGAGAAAGAGAAAGAGCUUCACCUCAUUCAAUCGUCAUGCCUUCAACCGUUCCAUCACUUCUUCUUUUCAGCCUUCUCAUGUUUAAUAUGGCCGGUGCGUGUCAUAGUUUCCUUCCCUAUGCACAAUAUGUCGGAGCACGAGCCUAUAUACUUCAACAGAGAAUGGAAUGCAAAGGUGGAAAAGUUUACGAUAUCGAUAAUGUUCAAGACAUUGAGCAAUGUAAGGAAGCUUGUCGUCAAUUUGAUUGUGAUGCUGUAAACCUUUUCCAAGUUGGAGAGUUUGCUUUCAAAUGUGAAAUUCUCAGUUUUGUAUCCAACCUUCAACCUGCUAAUGGAGCUGCUUGCUAUUAUGCUCAAGAUGCCGUUGGUGCUGGUGGUAACAACAAUUAUAACGGAGGAUUUGGAUAUCCAGGUUAUGGAAGAAGAAAGUAGCCAUUUCUUGAAGAAAGACAUCGCCAUUGUACAUUCUCAUGUCAAAUAAUAAUUUACAUUCCGGAUAAUAAAUGAACUGUAUUUUCAUUUUCAAGUUGAUUGUUUUGAAAGUUCAAAUUUACCUGAAAGAAACCUAUUUUUGAGGUAAAAUAUGUACAUUAAAAAUUAUUCUUGUGAACAUAAUAAUGAUUGAGAAUAUAAAUGUUUUUAACAAAUU